AUGGCCGUCGGCGCUCUGACUGGGGAGCUUGACGACCACGACUGCGAGCCCACCGGCCCCUCGCGACGCAACCCUCGACGCGAGAAACACACUCCGGCGCAUUUCGAUUCCCUCCAAGCCGACCAACCCUCCAUCCCCAAGCCCACCGUAGGCCUCAAACGCAAGGCGCCGCCCAGGAUGCAGAUCGAACGGAAGGUCAAGCUCGUUACCGAGCAGAAGAACAUUGACAAGGAAUCUCCCAUGCCGGAGUUCCCCAUGAAGGAAUGGACCGUCAAGAUCUACAUGCUGGACCAGGAUGGCAACGAGCACGAGGCCAAGGCCUUCAACAAGGUCACCUUCAACCUGCAUCCCUCGUUCGAGAACCCCAACCAGACCUUCACAGAGCCCCCCUUCACCUGCAAGAAUGAGGGUUGGGGUGAGUUCGAGAUGUCGAUCGACAUGUACACGACCGAGAAGACCAAGUCCACCGUCUUCCACGACCUGAACUUCCAGAAGCCCAAGUACGACGUCAUCCAGAACAUCUCGAUCAAGAACCCCUCCCAAGCCCUGUUACAGAUCCUGCGCGAGACCGGCCCCGUCGCUACCGACGACGACGUCAAGGCCGCCAAGGUCCGCAAGGCCAACGACGGCAAGAAGAGAAAGGCCGGCCACGACUACGAGAAAAUGGCCGAGGCUCUCGUCAAGCUGAGCGAGGAUGACCUUCUGCACGUCAUCCAGAUGAUCCACGACCACAAGACGGAGGACACCUACACCAAGAAUGACAUGGAAGCCGGCGAGUUCUCGGUUGACCUGUUCACCCUGCCCGACAACCUGGCCCGUAUGAUAUGGGAUUUCCUUCUGGACCAGAAGCUCGUCCAGGCUUAG